CUCAGUUUGGACAUUCAGUGGGUGAUUUUUGCUCUGUCUUCCUCUGCUGAUCAGGUUUUGUUCAUGUUUUAGUUCAUUGAAAUGGGUGAUAAGUCUAGUGUCAUCACUGAAGUUUUUCCAGUCAUGUCAAAAAUCACAGAGAGGAAGCUUAAUUCCUCUAACUAUCUUGAAUGGGUCACGACUAUUAAACUAUAUCUUCAAAGUACUGACAAGGACGAUCAUAUGACUGAUGAUCCUCCUAAGGAUGCAACUACUAAGAAAGUCUGAAUGAGGGAUGAUGCUCGACUAUUCCUCCAAAUCCGGAACUCAACUGAUUGGGAUGUGCUUGGACCAGCAGGAUCAAUCUCUUCAAGCAUAUUUCGUGGACUUCAAGAAGACAUAUGAGGCCUUAAAUUCAUUGAUGCCCUUCACUCCAGAUGUCAGAACUCAGCAACAACAGCGAGAGCAGAUGGCAACAAUGAGUUUUUUGGCAGGCUUGGCCCUGAGAUUUGAGGCUGCCCGAGAAAGGGUCCUUGCAGACUCUGAGGUUCCCACCCUACAGGAUGGGUACUCACGGAUUCACCGUAGUGAAAGUGUAAAACCCAUAGAGCCUUCAGAUGGUGCACCCCAGAAGGCUCUUAUAAAUCAUAUGUUAGGUAAUCCUAGCGUCUUCUCCACUUUUCAGCCCUACACAUCUCAUUCCCCUGUUACCCUUGCUGAUGGUUCCACAUCUAAGGAUCUUACGACGAACAAGAUUAUUGGUGAAGGACGUGAGACUAAUGGCCUGUAUCUUCUCAACACUUCCACUCCUAAAGCAGCUGCUUGUGUUGGGAUUGAGUCACCUCUUGAGAUUCAUUAUCGUCUUGAGGAUUUGACUCCCGAUCUGUUCUGUUCUGCUUUUACGGAAUCCUACCCAUAUGAUGAUGACUACCAAGUCAACAAUGGGCCUGACUACUAUUUCCUUCGUGAGGAACCACCAUAUGACACCCUGUCUAGGAACUUUGGAUAUUCUCCACACCUAGACACUGAUGGGGAUAACUAUUAUGAACCUCAUGGAGAUAACGAUGACUAUGACCAAUAUGGGCCUAUGUGCGACAAUCAAUCUGAUCCACUCGUCGAAGAAAUCAUAAGAUUAGAACAGAAAGUUUUCUAUUUCGACGAGGUUCUAUUCGCUGAAGGCUCCUGGUAUGAACCACCAUACUGCCGUGACUACACCCUGUUUGCUGAAGAACAUAUUGAGGCAAACAAGGUGGCAAUUCGAGAAAGAGCAAAACUUCUCGAAUCAGUCCGGAAAGAAAAGGAGUUCGAAAGGAGAUUAUGUGAAGGAUCAGAAAUGAUGCAGAAAAUGCUGGAGGACUUCCAAAGAGAGAGACUAGAAGCUGAGGCUAAAGCUGAUAAAUUAGUCAAUGAUCUCUGUAAGGCUGUUGAACUCAAACGCUCCCUCCAACCUGAAGAUCAAAUGAGGGAGAUUAAUGUUCAAAAGGAGGCUCUAGAACCUAAGACCAACCCCGAGUCAUUCACUCAUCAGGUUGCAGUUCUAGAAGAUUCACCCAGUUCUACACCAUCACAGAAACCCGAGAGCAUAACAACUCUCCCUAGGGCUACUGUGGUGAUGUUACCUAAAUCUCUUCCUAUCCAAAUCCCAGCCAGCAUAGUCGUACAUGAGGUGGAACCAACUGAGGGACCUGACUCAGAACCACCUAUGCUUAUUCAAGAAAAGAAGGAGGAGGAAGUUUGGCAUAUGGAAGUAAAUGACCAUCUCCUUAGUCGUGUUAAAGACACACCUCCAGAGGAACCUGUUCUGGAGGAAAUAGAGCCCACUACUUACCCUCAAGAUUACGACAUCCAAGAGUCUGAGGAGGAAUCUAUAGAUGAGAAAAUACUUUGCACCAAUGAUCCAAUUCCGUCUAUAGAAACCUGCGCAAAUAAUGAUUCAUCUGAAGAUUCAGACCAUGCUUUCUUUGAUUCAUUACUUGAUGGGUAUGACUAUGUCUGCCUGAAGGAUGGUUGGAGUCAAGCAAGUUGGGACGAGCUUCUGGCGAGUGACCAUGACGACUCUUCCAUGGGGGUAAAUGAGAGAAUUGUAGGGCAUACCUUACCGUGGGAGCGAAGAAGAGGUCUCACCUGGCGAAAACACAAGGUUUCUGCAACCUUCGAGGCUUCUUGAUCCAAAAGUCUUGGUUGAAGUUGGCUACUGAGAGGAUAUUGACUUCCUCAGUAAAGUCUCUUUUUUUUC